GACCCAGAGAGGCUGAGAGCUAGUGGGAGAGAAGAAGUAGCUAUUCAGUGGGCAGGCAACAUUUCUGUGCAUUGAACACAAAAGAAAUGGAUAAUUCGCAUUAGGGAACCUUGUGUAGACGCGCAAGAGGUUCAGGCCUUCAAAAAUGGCAUUUUAUUGUAGGGAAAAAGGAAAAUGCAAAGUUAACGGAUUACUUUGAGCUACGCAUUUGGGUUUUGGUAGUAAAGAAUCAUCAUAACUCUUUUUGACAAAUUGGAAUUAUCUGUGGAUGGAGGGGUCUGGCAGCCCGCGCUUCAGAAAGCUCCAUUUCCCGGUGGGCCUGUGGAUCAACUCGCCCAGGAAACACUUUGCCAAGCUAGGCGGUCGCUGGCCAAGCGCUGUCUCCGUCAAGUCGACCACUAGCUCUGACGCAGCCUCCAUCCACGAGGUCCCGGCUGCUCCUUCUUCUUCCCUUUCCAUCUCAACCCCCUCGCUGGCUUCCCCUGCCCAGUCCCCGUCUCCCUCCCCAGCCUUCCUCAGGCCACGGCCGGCCGGCUCCCAGUCCCGCACAAAGCGCCUUUCCCACCUGUUCCUGCGAGGGCGCUCCAACAGCGACCGGGACCGGGCGGUAGGGGACAGGGAGAGAGAGGUUUGGGCCCAUUCGGCUGCCCCAUCCUCCCACCACUACCUGCCCCCCGCCUCGUCCUCGGCCCCGGGCCUCAUCAAGAUCUAUGGGGAUGCCCUGUCCAGCGGGGCCAACUAUCGCUCCCUGCUGGCCACCGUUAACUCCACAGCCCGGCAGCUCAUUGCCCAGGUCAUCACGCGCUACACUGAGCGAGAGAGGGAGGAGACAGAUGACGCAGCUGUCCAGAAACACAGCCCAGAGGACUUCCUGUUGUGUGAUGUCAUUGGAAAGCCCAUCCAGCAGCCAGAUGGAGCUAUCAAAUGGGAGACAGAGUGCCGGAGAAGUGUUGCCCCAUGGGAAUGUCCUCUGCUGUUAGUGGACAUGUGGCGGCCUAAGGACGGGUUUGAGCGGCGCUUCGAAAUUCAAAGGAAGGACGACUAUGAGAGAGAGGAGAGAGAGAGGGAGAAAGAGCGAGAGAGGGAAGGGGAGAACUACCAAGGCGUGCGCUGGCGGCGGAGCAGGAUGUCGUCGGGGGGCGGUUCUGAGGACAGCGAGCGCGGUCACCGCGGACGGAACACGGAACUCAGGAGGAGCAUCAGCGACAUGAACCUGAGUCUGCGGCGUCGCCAGGGCAACCACGUCAGCGGCGACCCGCGCGGCCCCGGGGGCCGGGCCAAUAACAACGGCGCCGUGCGGGACAGGAAGAACAUCGUGAGCAUGAUCAGCCCGCAGCCAGGCGAGAUCAGAGCACCGAAAGCAGAAGCCAAGGUUGGCUGGAUGAACCAGCCAGAGGACGAGAAGGAUUAUUCCAGCUGUGACCUGGAAGCAAUGUCCCAAAGCCUGAUCCUCCCGCCCACGGACCGGCCCUACUUCCUGUUGCUGCAGGGCUACGAUCAGAGCAAGGAUUUUGUUUUGUACAUCAUGGCGGCACAUGUGCACGUAUUUGGACGGAAGCCCACACUGAGGGAGAAAGAAAAGGACCGGGAGAGGGAGAGGAAGGGCAAGAGGCCUCUGAAGGUGGACACGUUCCUCUCGGCUCCCGACCUUUUGCCCAGACACCUACUGGUCAGAAGAGACUCUGCGGUGCCGGAGGCGCCCACCGGACAAGGUGGAACCACACUUGGCGACAGCUCGAAGCCGAGGUAUAGUUGCACUGUAUGUUUUCACUCUAGCGACUCCAUUUCCAUCCCAGCUCUGAUGCGGCCCUUCCGAGGAGGAGUAGUUACCCACAACGGGGUGGCUGUCUACAGGGAGACGGCCCUGAGGCCCGGGGACGUCAUCGGCCUGGGGGACCACUUCCUCUUCCUGUACCGAGACCCUCGCGUGACCCCGGCGCCACCGCUGGCUCUGACGCUGCCGUGGCAGGCCGACGUCGCCACCACCUGCUGCCCCUCGGGCCUGGUGGACAGGCAGGAAACCCUGAGGCAGUACCUGGGAUCCACCGAGGCGGUUCUGAAGUUCCACCCCCGCCACGCAGAUUCCCUGCUACAGGAGAUCAUCUCAAAGAAUUCCUCUCCGGACUCUGGAGGUGGACCGCUGGCUCCAGCGUAUCUCCUGUCGAUCAUGAUCGAUCACGCCUCUAAACACCUGGACCCCGCUCUCACACCGCAGAUACUACUCAAGUCAGCCAAUCUAAUUAAAGAAAUCGUCUGGGAUAACAUUAAGGAAUUUGGGGAUAAGCAUCCCACGCAAAAUCCCACAGAGCAAGAAGGUGAGAUCACCGCGCCGAACGUGCAGAAGCUCUCGUCCGACCUCCGACCCCUGAUGUUCUGGAUGUCCAACGCCACCGAGCUGCUGAACUUCUUCCAGGUCAAAGUGGAGAACAUGGAGAAGGAGUGGGAGUUUGAAGCCGCCGGCGACCCGGUUCUGACCGCCGACAUGGACACCUGCUCGGAGGCGCUGGCGCAGCUGGACGACGUCAUCAUGCACACCUUCCAGCAGUGCGUGUACCACCUCACCAAGACCCUGUACUCACUCCUCCCGGCCCUCCUGGACACGAACCCCUUCUCCAGCGACGACAAGGAGAAGGAGAAGGAUGGAGCGCGCGGCCCCGAGGCGGAGGAGAAGGCGGCGGGGGGGGCGGAGGCGGACGACGUGUCGGCGCUGCCGCCCAGAGUGGCCGGGCUGGUGGAGGUGUACCGCUGCUCCCUGGUGCUGUCGCGGGAGGCGUGUCUGUCGCCACCGCUCACCUCCCAAACGUUUGGCUACCUCUUCUUCUUCACCAACACCUCCCUGCUCAACACGCUGCUGGAGAGAGACGGGCUGUUUUCGUGGUCCAGAGCGGUCCAGAUCCGAACAAACCUGGACCUGGUUCUGGACUGGCUGCAGGGAGCUGGACUGGGAGACAUUGCUUCUGAAUUCAUGAAGAAACUGUCCAUCACAGUCAAUUUCCUAUGUAUUCCCAAGACGCGCCUUAUCCAGUCGUCUUGGACAAGCCUUCAGGAGGAUCAUGUCCUGCUCAGCCCUUCCCAGCUGCACCACCUGCUCACCCACUACAAACUGGGACCAACCAGAGCCCCACCAGCAUCCUGGGCGCCUCCACCAGGCACGGAGCUGAGCGGAGACAUCUUCGAGAGCUUCCUGGACCACCCUCCUCUCAUCCUGCCAAACGAGACGCCACGCCUCGACCUCUCCCAGCCAAUCCCAAGCCCCGAGCUCCAGAAGGAAGUCACACGUCUCCGCACCUUCUUGUGGGGACUUGACCAGGAUGAGCUGCCUGCCAACCAGAGGACUCGGCUCUGAGGCUCCGCGGAUGGAGGACAGACGUGUCGGCUGCAUUGUCCCUUCCAAGAUAUUUCUAUACUGAUUCAUUUACUCGGUUAUUUCACGUUAACAUAAUUGUAUUGGCUUGUGCUACGUCUCCACGUGUGUUAGGCCGUUAAGCUUUAUGUGAAUGCUUUUUUUGGCUUUAAUAAAACGCUGAUUCAGG